CUGGGGGGGUGUCGAUGGUCGUAAACACAAACUUGGCUUUCACCACGACGCUGUCUUUUAAUUCGAUCUUUUGGAAAUGACCGAGCUUUCACUAAACGGAAUAGCGAUGAUAACAUAGGGAAAGAUUGCUGUCACCUGUGAUCGAAAUGCUUCCACUGUACAAGAAAGGCUUUACUCUUUUAUUCAUCGUAACUGCCGUUACGAUCACUAUUGCACUCCUGAGAACUGAUUUAUCUCCUCUUCUAAAUCGGAUCCUUGGAGACCAACGUUCAGAUCCCAGUGAUUAUCUUUCCUUGGAUUUAUACGAAAACUCAGAAGAACUUGACGCUUCGCUAUCUUCAAUUAAAUGCAAGCCCUAUAGGUUAGACAGAGCUGGUCAUGAGCAAGCCGAUAAAUUUUACGGAAAACCAGACAAAGAAGAAAGAAGUUGCGAUGACUUUUAUUACCCAGACAUCUGUUCAUUCCAAGUAACCAAGUCUGGAGAACAUAAACUGUCGUGUGACUCAAAGGUUUGCGGCUCAUCACGUGUUCAAAUGGGCUCAAUAAACCCAAAUAUGGGAAAAAUUUCUGAAUGGACGGACUUAUCAAAGGAAACUAUGGUCACUAUGGUAGGAAAAGCCGUGGAAAUGGACAGAAAAAGCGGGUUUGGUUUUCUGUUUAUCAGGUGCGGAAAUAUUCUUCAGGUCCUCACCUUUCCUCCAGUGUUGCAGAAAGUUGAGGGUGGCGAGAAAAGGAAACAGAUCAGUGUAAAUGUGAUCAGCAUGGAUUCUCUCUCUAGGCCGCAUUUUUACCGAAGUCUUCCGAGAACUGUCGAGGCUCUACGCAAGAUCAAAAAUGAUUUUAACAUUCAAGCCACCGCUCUGGACUUCCAGAUUUUCCAGAGUAUCGGGGAACAAACGUUUGACAAUUUGAGGCCGUUUUUUUGUGGUGUUGUAAAAGAUGACAACAUUCUUACUAACACCGUCAGGACCUCAAAGUAUUCUUUAGGCGUAGAUGUCUUGUAUGAGACCUUUCAGAAAUGGGGCUACCAGACGCUUUUUCAAGAGGACCUCGUUUGGUUUGACCGUUGGGGAAUCGUCUUGACAGACCUUCAAGUAAGAUCAAAACCCACAACAGAUUCAGAAUUCAAAGCAAGGUGGAAUGAAUUCAAAGAAAGGAUGAGCAAGAAGCACAUCGAUGAUUUUGGCAUGACCCAUUUUUCCGGACCAUUACUGGGCCUCAGAUAUAGCGAAACGAACCAUUUUGAAAAUCCUCCCAAAGUGUGCUUAAAUGGUCAGUUCUUCAGUAAAUAUUUCAUGGAUUACAUACAGAUAGUCAACACCGCCAUUCACAACGAUCCUCGGACUAAGCCAUUAGUUUCGUUCAUUCACUUCAACACGGGACACGAACAUACUGGUCAGCGGAUAAGAAAUACGGACGCCCAUUUAGCCAAGUUCUUAAUCAACAUGGCCGAAUUUCCAAACACUCUUACUAUGUUAGUUUCUGACCAUGGGAAUAAAAAUACGCAGUACAGCUACAAGACUGAGGAAGGAAAGAGAGAAGUUUAUGACCCAAUUGCUUUCAUGGUCAUUCCCGAUGGCGUCGUGAGAAAUCUGGGCAAGCAGAGGAUGGGUGCAUUGGUUCAGAAUCAAAGACGACUUUUCACUUUUCUAGAUGUACACAGAGCGCUUAUGAGUUUGAACCAUCCUAAGAAAAUGCACUCACAGGAUCCUCAGGUUGUGGGCAUAUUUGCAGACUUACCCGCAAAUCGCACAUGCGCUGACUUGAACCUUAUGCCACAGGCCAGAUGCAAGUGUAAAAUUAUCGAGAAGAAUAACUCGGUAGAAGACAACUCGGACAGUCUAAAGUGGUUGGCAGAAUUUGCCCUUGGAACUUUAAAUGAAGCUAUACAAAAACAGCACAUGAGAGGCGAAGUUCAUACGCAGUUGUCACCGAAGAAAUACGGAUACGGAAACUGUCAGCGUCUGGUGGGAAAAACUUUUGCAAACAUUGUACAACGCUCUCAAGGAGACAGCGUUACCACGACAAUGGAUUUACACGUAGUCCCUCCGGCCGGAUACAAAGAGGAUGAAAUUUUUAAGGUUUCUGUCAAGCAGCAGGCUAAAACUAAGAACAAAGUCUGGUUGACGAGCUUCAUUCGGAAGUCUAGGUACAGCAAAUUUACGUCAUGCGCAGAUGAGUCAGUUGACAUUAGGCUGUGCACAUGCACCACACAACCAACCGCUGAAGCUAUAAACAGCGGCGAAAAGAUUGUGAACGUCAACGUUCCAACGGGAAUGUUCGGUUCGAAAGCGAUUAUAAAAGACCUUCACUCAAGUUGUCUCUUAUUAGUAAGAAGAAGUUACGGAAUGUUUUCUUUCGCGCUAGAAGUAACAAACGUGUGUUUAAAUAGAACUUUCAAGUUUGAAUUAGUCUGCUCUUCAAGUGAAAUAGUUACUUCUAAUGAACUGCCAAUUAAUCUUGAGAUAAAUCCGAGGACGUUUCAUUUCUUGACAUCAGUGAAAAGAGAAUCCUCAAGCGAAACAUUUUCUACGAAGUUUUAUGCAAAUGUGAAAGUCAAGUUUGCUACUUUUGACGAGUUUAAGGAUUUGGGCAAAAUCGAUGUUUUAUGACCCCGAACUACGAAUUCUCUUCAGUGACUGCAACAUUAAAAAAGGGU